AUGGCCAACCCCGACCAGCGAGACCUCAGCCUGCCCCCCGCCGAGGCCGCCGCCCGGUCGCCCUCCCCCGGCGUCAAGCGGGCUGCCUGCGAGGUGGACGGAGAUGUCGACAUGGAUGCCGCCUCGACGGCGAACGAGACGCAGCCCCGACCCGGCAAGAACGAUGCGAUGGAUGCCGAUGACAACGAUGACAACGACGACGACGAGAGCUCCAACGCCAACGACGGCAACUCCGGCUCCGAUAACCUCUACCCCACCCCCUCCAGCAUGUCCACCUACACCGCCGCCACGGCCCCUCCGUCCUACGAUGACCAGGUUGCGAAGGUGACCCUGCACAUGGCCCAACCGCUGAAGGAGAACCAGAAGGGCUACGUGGUGUCCAUGUCCUGGCUGAAGCGGGUGCUCUCGCGAAGCUCCACCCACGCCGACCUGGCCGACAAGACCGCCGUCGAAGGCGACGUGGGCCCCGUCGACAACUCCGACCUCGUUCUCGUCACCGACCCGGCAAAUGCGACCUUCCUCGACGAGGCCAACCAGCCGUUCGUGCCCUUGCGACCGGGGCUGCAGAUGAGUGAGGACUUCGAGAUCGUGCCGCAGGAGGGUUGGGAUCUGAUCCUCCAGUGGUACGGUCUGGCCGAGCAGUCGCCCGCCAUCGUCCGCUACGCGCACGACACCAGCGUGGGCGGUGACUCGCAGAACGUGCAAUACGAAAUCAACCCUCCGAUCUUCACCAUCCUGAAGCUGACGAACCCGUCGGCCGGCACGACGCCCCAGAGCCUCAAGGAGAAGAACAUGAAGCCGGUGCGGAUUCUGUCGAGCCGCCACACGAACUUCCAGAAGUGGUUGAAGGACGCAAAGAAUCUAGCCAAGAUCGAUAUGUCUACCAAGGUCCGUGUCUGGAGGAUUUUGGGCGGUUUGGGGAGCGCCAGCGCGUCGGCUGCGAUUACGCCGGCCGCCUCGCGCAGCGCCUCUCCGGCCCCGGCGGCGUCGAUGGUCGCCAACGGCGGCUCCAACCUCGUGCUCGAUCUCAACACCUUCCUCUCCCUGUCCGAAGGCGCCCAGCGGGAAUUGCUGGAGGGGGCCAAGGACCAAACCGCCAACUCCAACUACAACGGUCGCAUGACGCUCGACGUGGCCGGUCUGGGAGGCAGCGACGUCGUGGUGCUGGAAGAACGGAUCCCCGGCGCGGGCUCCGGCGAAUGGGCCUCCGAGGCCUCCAAGCAGACUCUCAAUCGCCUGGGCGUUCCGACCGGUAACCUCAAGAACGGCGUGGCCUCCAAGUUGAAAAACAAAAGCCCGACCAACAGCGGGCGAUCGUCCCCCGUCCCCGAACCCCCUAGGGGAAGACGUAAGGAUGGAAAGCCUCGCGGCAAUACGGGAUUGAGCAAUCUUGGAAACACCUGCUACAUGAACUCUGCCCUGCAGUGUGUUCGGAGUGUAGAGGAGUUAUCCUACUAUUUCCUCAACGAUGUUUAUAAGCAAGACUUGAACCCCAGCAACCCGUUGGCUCACAACGGCGAGGUGGCCAAGUCGUAUGCUAACCUCCUCCGUUUGAUCUACGAUGAAGCCGGCCAAUCUUCUUUCGCCCCGAGGCAGUUGAAGAAUACCAUCGGCCGCUACGGACCGGCAUUCUCCGGCUACGGCCAGCAAGACUCGCAGGAGUUCCUUCUCUUCCUGCUUGACGGGUUGCAGGAGGACCUGAACCGGAUUCAGAAGAAGCCGUACAUCGAGAAACCCGAUUCGACGGACGAGAUGGUCCACGACAAGGCCGCUCUGACCGAGUUUGCCGACAAGUGCUGGGAUAUCUACAAAGCUCGCAACGACUCGGUCAUCACCGACCUCUUCGCGGGCAUGUACAAAUCGACUCUCCACUGCCCCGAAUGCGACAAGGUCAGCAUCAUCUUCGACCCGUUCAACAACCUGACUCUCCAGCUGCCCAUCGAAAACGUGUGGAGCAAGGAGAUCUACUAUUUCCCUCUGAACUCGAAGCCGCUGUUGGUGGAGGUGGAGAUCGACAAGAACUCCAGCAUCAAAUCCCUGAAGGAGCUAGUCGCCAAGAAGGUGGGCUCCGACGCCCAGCGACUUGUCAUGACCGAGGUCUACAAGAACAAAUUCUACAAGCUUUUUGAUAACACGAGUUCGAUUGCGGAAUCUCACAUCACCGCCAACGACGAUAUCGCCAUGUAUGAAGUGGAGUCUGUGCCCACGAACUACAACCCGGACAAGCCCCAAAGGAGCUACCACUCGUUCAGUCGCUCCGAACGUGAUGAGAUUCCAGAGCUCGACUCGCCCAAGGCCGACCGUCUGCUCGUAUCCGUCUUCAAUCGGGUGGAGCGGCCGAAGGGAAACAACCCCAAGAGCGCCCAGCGGCCACUCUUCGGAGUCCCUUCGUUUAUUAUCGUCAACCGGGAGGAUGUCUAUAACUGGGACGCGAUUCACAAAAAGCUUCUCCUGGACGUUGCUCCGAUGACGACCCGCGACAUCCUCAACGAAUCGGCCUCGGAGACCACCCCGAACGAGACCGGUCCGGAAGAUUCCGACAUCUCCGUCAUGAAUGAGGAUGACGCAGAGUCCGAUUCUAAAAUCAAGACGUCCUCUGUCGAUGGCGAAGAGGGAAUGGUGGACGUUUCCAUGCGAGAUGCUCCGGACGCCUCCCAGGAUGCCGAGUCUACCGAUACCUCCAUCCCAUCUCGCUUGCGCAAUCUUUUUGAAAUCAAGUUGAUCCGAAGCAACGAGACCGUGCCCAUCGGCUUUUCUGCGGUGGAGGAUAACAAGGAGUACCCCCGGAUGUCAUUCCGAAUCAAGACAAAGCCCGCCGUUGCGGAGGAAUCUGAGUCGACGCCGGAAGUACCCAGUAGCUCCCAAACGGCUACCAAAGACGAGGCAGAGGAGGAUGACUCGGACAGCGAAUCGGACGCUGCUUCGCCUGCCAAGGCUCCCCAGAAACAGGUUCAGGAGCGACCUCUGAUUCGUCCAGGCGAGGCCAUCGUAUUGGACUGGAACGAGGACGUCUACGAUGCCCUCUUCACCGGAAAGGUCAAGGACAGGGACCCCGUUCGCGGAGCCCCAACCUGGAGCGACGUCGAACGUCUGCCGGAUCCCGAGCUGACCAAACGACGCCAGUUGCGGCAGAUGCGCAAGAAGAGGGGUGUAACGCUUGACGAGUGCCUGGACGAAUUCAACAAGGAGGAAGUCCUGUCGGAGAACGAUGCGUGGUACUGUCCUCGCUGCAAGGAACAUCGCCGUGCCAGCAAGAAAUUCGAGCUCUGGAAGACGCCGGACAUCCUCGUCAUGCAUUUGAAGCGCUUUAGCGCCAGUCGGGGUUUCCGGGACAAGCUGGACGUUCUGGUGGACUUCCCCGUGGAGGGUUUGGACAUGACCGGGCGGGUGGAAUCCCCUGAAGAUGGCAAGGGCCUGGUCUACGACCUCUUUGCGGUGGACAAUCACUACGGUGGAUUGGGAGGCGGUCACUACACGGCCUACGCCAAGAACUUCAUGACGGGCCAGUGGAACGAAUAUAACGUAGAUUCCUCGGUGUCGCGACCUCUGGACCCUCAGAGCGUGGUGACCUCGUCGGCCUACCUUCUCUUCUACCGACGGCGAUCGGAUCGUCCGCUCGGCGGCAAAAUCCUGGAGGACAUCACGGAGUCGUCCACGCGACCUCCCAGUGAGUCAGACUCCGCCAGCGAGUCCCGCGCACAAUCACCGUCGGGGGACGGCCGGCGUCUCGGCGGCUCCUCCCUCAAUGGGUCGUCGAGCGCCUCAACCGGAGCCGGAGCAGGUCGCCAGUCGGGAGAUGGUGGUUUGCGGGUUGGAACCCAAGGGAAGAACCGCGGCGGUGACGAGUCGCCUCCGGAAUACUCCAACAACCCGACGCGCGGCGAGAAGAGCCUCGGCAGCAAUGACAAGAACAAUCGACUGGAAGGUAUGAAUAUCGAAGACGACGAGGAGUCCGGUGAUAGAGAGCUAUCCAACCCCUUCGGUUUCCCAAGUCCGCCCUCGUGGUCGUUCAACCGAGUCCACCAAGCUCACGGCCCUUCUUCACAGAUGACCACGGCGCUGCCGGGAUCCACCUUUGACGACGACGACGACCUGCUUGACGACGAUACCGCCAGCAACCAGGCCGUUGGCGGGGGAGACAUGAGCGAUUCGGACCUUCGACUGGCCGCCUUGACCGACAGUCCGGGUCCCGGCGCGGCCUAUCCGGGGACCCCGAUCGAGGAGAGCGCAUUCCAAGAUAUCCCUCCUCUAUUGGAAGCCGACAAUGAUGAUGACGACGACGACGAGCUGCCCGUGGUGGAGCUACGAGUGAACGAUGAAGAUCGGAUCGUGUCCGAUUAG